GUCGGACAGCUUAUUCAGUGAUGAAAAUUUAUGCGAAAGAAGCGAGGUAUAUUCCACGCUUGUAUAGAUACCCUGAGAUACCCCAAUAAAACGUGUACAAUGUAACGGAUAUAUGCAUUUCUGAAAAAAAAAGACAACAGGGCUAAAUCCAUUAUGGAGGCACUGCGUUUGGCUAUACAGACACGGCUAGGGGAGAGGAUGGUCAGUAUGAGCUCUAUGCUCGUGGAGACAGUUAGUAUAAAUUAUGAGGAUUUUAAUGAAAGCUUUCUGACAUGUGGUACCUGUCUUUGCGUUUAUGAUGGUGAAGAACACACCCCCAAGCUAUUACCAUGCUCACACACAGUAUGUUUACAUUGUUUAACAAGGAUUGCUGCAUCUCAGACUCGUGAGACUGGUGCUUUUCGAUGUCCUAUUUGCAGAGAAUUAAUAACAAUUCCACGUGGUGGAGUUUCUGCUUUACCACCUAGUUUUCUUGUGAAUCAACUUCUUGAUCUUAUGUCUAGGCAAAGACGAGAGGUUAUUCCCAAAUGUUCAGUUCAUAUAAACCAAGAACUCUUGUUCUGUGAAACAUGUGAUACAGUCUUUUGCACCGUAUGUACAGGUGGUAAUCACACAGGAACAUCACCCGGAUGUACAGAACAUACUAUCAUACCCUUCAGCAUUGCAAUAAAACGAAUGUCUGAAAUUUUGCUCUAUAAAGCCAACGAGUGUAUAUCUAAGUUAACACAGGCUCAAGAUUCUGUAAGCACAGAGUUACAACGUUUGGAAGCUUCUACAGAAAGAUGUUUGAAUGCCGUGGAUAAUGAAUUUGCAGAAAUUAUUGCAAAAUUUGAAAGGAGACGUUCAGAAUUGCAAGCAGCAGUGGCUGAUGCUGCAAGAGAUAAGAAACAUGUUCUAGAAGAGCAACAUGCUCUUAUAGAAGCUGAGAAAAAUAAAGUGCAACGAGAAUGUGAAGGUUUACAAUAUCAAGUCGAAGUACGGAAUAUCACGCAAAGAAUUGGUAGUUUAUCAGAUCAACUUGAUGCUGCGUCAGCACUCAGUGAACCUAAAGAAAAUGCCUUCAUUACAUUCGAAUUUAAUCACAAUAAUGCUCUUUCUCAAUUAGAGGAAGCUCUUAGUAACUUGGGAAGAGUACGUUCUAGUACAACAUUGCCAGGUCUGUGCAGAGCCAGGUUGAAAGAUCCUGCCAUAGUUAAGUUACAAGCGAUUGUCAUAGUAGAGACUGUUGAUUAUCAUGGACAUCCUAGAAACGUUGGAGGAGAUCUUAUCACUGCAGAAUUAACUUUAGCCGAUUCUAUCCACUCAGAAAACCAAAGUUCUAGUGUUGACACUGAAAUUGUAGAUUUAGAGAAUGGUACAUACGAAGUACUGUUUCGACCUCCUGUCGCGAGUCGUUACGUAUUAAAAUUGUCAGUUUUCGAGCGGCCUAUCAAAGAUUAUCCUUUAUUUUUCGACGCAACUGUACAUAAUGAACCCAUUAAAGUAUAUGGAAGACGGGGAAGUGGAAAAGAGGAAUUUCAUCAACCAGUUGCAGUUGCCGUCGACGAUGAUGGCAUGAUAUACGUUUUAGAUACUGGGAACUCCCGUAUAAAGGUACUCAAUUGUGAUUUAGAAUUUCAAAGGCAUUUAACGAAUGAAGGUCUCGAAGGUCGGAGUUGUACAGGAAUAAGUGUUUCUCAACAAGGUAUUGUUGUUGUUAAUUGGAGAACACGGAAAGUAACAGAAAUGAGCUCUCUGGGUGAUACAAUUAAAUCUUUCACUUAUUACGCAUUUCGAGAACCAGUCGAUGUUGCUGUAGAUAGAAGUUACGGACAUAUACUUGUUGCUGACAAUUCUGAAAAUUAUGUUUUUGUGUUCGACUCUGAUGGCAAAUUCCUGUUUCAGGUUGGAAUGAAAUUCACAUUCAAAUUAAUUAGAGCUGUUACUGUUGGACGUAACGGUGAGAUUGUAGUUGCCGAUGAUCAUAUCCUAGUAUUUUCUGCUAAAGGAGACUUUUCUGAGGAAAUAUAUUCAGAAGGCAAAGGAAAAGGCGCUUAUGGAGGUUUAGCUGUUGAUUCGGAAGGUAGAAUACUUGGUACUCGUACUGAUAAGGGACGCAGUAUAAUUCAAGUAUUAAAAUUAGGAGGAGGUAAAGUUUUGACUGAGAUUGAUUCACAUAGUUCUAAAUUACGACGACCUUCAGGUAUUGCAGUGUUACCUGACAAUCACUUAGUAGUUGUAGACUUGGGAAACGACUGUAUAAAAAAAUAUAGAUAUUGGUAA